AUGCCGGGCGGGAAGAAGAAGAAGACGCCUGCGGGGCACGCCGGCGCGGGCAAGAAGGCCAAGGUCGAGGAGGAGGACGAUGAAGAGUCGUGGACGUACAAGCUCAAGGAGCAGAACAAGCGCGUGGCCGUGUUCUACGGCUCGCAGACGGGGACUGCGCAGGAGUACGCGCUCAAGUGGGCCAAGGAGGCGCGGUCCAAGUUUGGCCUGUCGUCGCUUGUGCUCGACCCCGAGCAGGUCGAGUUCAAGGUGCUCAACCGCGUGCCCCGGGAUAAGGCCGUCGUGUUCGUCAUGGCGUCGUAUGGCGAGGGCGAGCCGACCGACAACGCCGAGGCAAUGAUGGAGUUCCUGAUGGACGAAGACGUUCAGUUCAGCCACGGCGGCCAGCGCCUCGACAACCUCAACUACAUCAUUUUCGGGCUCGGAAACACCACGUACGCCAAGUACAACGAGGUUGCGCGCAAGCUCGACGAGCGGCUGCAGGAGCUGGGCGCGCAGCGCAUCGGCUCGCGCGGCGAAGGCGACGAGAUUGCAGGCACCGAGAAGGGGUACAUGGAGUGGAAGGAUGGGAUGUGGGCCGAGUUCGGUGAGCGCCUGGGCCUCGAGGCCGGCGCGGGCGCCGACAUCGCCGACUUCUCCAUCACGGAGAUCGGACGCCAGCACGACUCCAACACCUAUCUCGGCGAGCUGUCCGAGCACGCGCUCAAGGUGUCGACGGGGCGCGCCCCCGCCCGCGGGCUGUACGACGCCAAGAACCCGUACCCGUCGCCGGUGACUGCGCGCGAGCUGUUCGCCCUCGACGCCGAGCGCAACUGCGUGCACCUCGAGUUCGACAUUUCCGGCACGAACAUCUCGUACUCUGCCGGCGACCACAUCGCCGUCUGGCCCUCGAACCCCGACAUGGCCGUGGAGCGCUUCCUAAGCGUCAUGGGGCUGGGCGACAAGCGCGACGUCAUCGUCGACGUCAAGGCGCUGGACCCGACGCUGGCCGCGGUCCCCUUCCCGAACCCGGCGACGUACGAGGCCAUCUUCCGCAACUACCUCGAGCUUGCGGCGCUCGCGUCGCGCCAGACGCUGGCCGCGCUGGCCAAGUACGCACCGACGCCGGAAGCGCGGGCGAUCAUGGAGCGCUGGGGCUCGGACGAGGCCGCGUACGACCGCGAGGUCGACAAGGCGCGCCUGCGCCUCGGCGAGGCGCUGCAGCUCGCGACGGGCAACGACCCCAAGAACCCCAAGGACGCGACGGUGUGGCCCAUCCCGCUCGACCGCAUCAUCUCGCUCCUCCCCCGCCAAAAGCCGCGCUACUACUCCAUCUCGUCGUCGUCCAAGAUGCACCCGACGACGGUGCACGUCACGGCCGUCGUGCUCAAGUACCAGACGCCCGAGUCCAAGAUGCACGGCGGCCAGCCGCGCUGGGUGUACGGCAUGGGCUCGAAUUUCCUGCAGUCGGUGCAGGAGCACAUGCGGUACGGCGACCUCGCGGGCGCGAACACGACCAUCCGCUUGGAAGGCAUGCCGACGCAGACGCCGACGUACCGCCUCACGGGGCCGCGUGACGCGUACAUCAAAGACAAUGUGUUGCGGAUUCCCGUCCACGUGCGCCGCUCGACGUUCCGCCUCCCGGCGAACACAAAGGUGCCGAUCAUCAUGAUCGGGCCCGGCACGGGCGUCGCGCCGUUCCGCGGCUUCGUGCAGGAGCGCGUGGCGAUGGCGCGCUCGGCCAAGCAGCGCAAGGGCGACGGCGCGCUCGCCGACUGGGGCGACAUGUACCUCUUCUACGGGUGCCGCCGGGAGGACGAGGACUUCCUCUACCGCGACGAGUGGCCGCAGUACGCCGCCGAGCUCGACGGCAAGCUCAAGGUGCUUACGGCCUUCUCGCGCGGCCCGGACCGCAAGCCGGACGGAUCAAAGAUCUACGUCCAAGACCUCAUUUGGAAUGCGCGCGACAAGCUCGUGCCUGCCAUCCUGCACCAGGGCGCGUUCAUCUACAUUUGCGGCGACGCCAAAAACAUGGCCAAGGAGGUCGAGCGGUGUCUUGCCCAGAUGCUUGCCGACCACCGCGGCGGCGAGCUCCACGUCGAGGGAUACGAGGAGAUCAAGAACCUCAAGGACAAGAAGCGCUUCCAGACGGAUGUCUGGUCGUAG